AUGGGGCGCAUUGUGGGCCCGCCCAGCCCCCCAGCCCCGCGGCAGCGCGGGCCAGUUACCAAGUUACCAAAUUACCGCAGGAUUCCGGAGCUUCUGACUGGCGAGGCCGCAACCAAUCAGCGAGCAGCGCCGCUGUUCUCGGACCGCUGCUCCCCGGGGCCCGGCUCCUCCACACUCCCACCCAGCACCGAGGGCUCCCCCAGAUCCGGGAGGACUUUGGCGGCGACCAAUGAGCGCUCUCGCCGUCUCCGGGAGCCGGGCCGGCUCUGCCCGCCUGGCAUUGGGCACGCGAUGGGCAGCGGCGGGCGGGGCCUGGGGGCUCCUCGCGCCUGGUUGGGCCAGGCUUGUUGCUGGGGGGCUGCCCGGGCAUGUCAGUGCCAGUAGCUCAGGGCUGCCUCCUCCCAACGGGUCCAGUGCCAGACUGAGACAAGAAGAGCAGCAUCGACACCGCCCCUCACCCUGGAGGGUCAUGUACAAUCUCUUCAUGGGACUCCUCCCCUUACCCAGGGAUCCUGGAGCCCCCGAAAUGGAGCCCAACUAGGUGCCUACACCCGCCCGGGGGACGUCAGGGACUUGGGGGGCAGGCCCCCUCCGCCUUCUGACACCCUGGCCAGCGCGGGGGACUUUUUCUGCACCAUGUAGCAUACUGGACUGCCAGCCUUGCCUGUCCCAGGGACGCGCAAGGGAAGCCACUCGAGCCCAGGCAGCCUGGGUGCACUGAUGGAGACUUAGGGGACCCUGGCCUCCUGAAAGCCAGGGGAGGGAGGGCUGACGGACUCAUGGUGACCUAGGGGGUGGGGACCGAGCCGCCUGCCUCUGCCGCCCACCACCAUCUCAGGAAAGGCUGCUGGUGCUGGCUGCCCGUUCCAGCUGCAGGGGGGACCCUUGGGGUGUCCCCAGUGCGCCUUCACUUUGGGCCUGGCCUCAGGCCCCUGGUGCUUCCCCCCCUCCUCUUGCGGAGGGGGCCUGUGAAGAGCAUAUGAGCCAAACCUGACCACUAGCCUCCUGGAGCCAGAGAAUGGGGGGCAUGUGACAGCCUUCUCAACCCAGUGCCCAGCCAUCUUCCCUGAACCGCCGGCGGGCGGUGACCGAUGCCUGCCUCACCUUCAUCUGGGGGUGUCCAGGAGGGGUCCAGACUGUGAAUCCUGUGCUCUACCCGGGACCACCCCCCCCAGUCCCCAUCCAUCCCAUUGCAUAGGUUUAGAGAGAGCACGUGUGACCACUGGCAUUCAUUUGGGGGGUGGGAGAUAGUGGCGGAAGCCACCUCAGCCUUAGUCCCCAGGGCAAAGCGCUGGGGGGGAAGAUGGGGAGUCAGGGAGGGGGGAAAUCUCAGAAGAGGGAGGAGUCUGGGAGCGGGGAGGGACGGCCCAGCUUGUAAAAUACUGUACAUGCACUGCUGUAGAUAUACCGGAAUGGAUUUUCUGUACAUGUUUGGUUAAUUUUUUUUGUACAUGAUUUUUGUAUGUUUCCUUUUCAAUAAAAUCAGAUUGAACAGUG